AUGGCGGGCGCGAAGGCGGAUGUAGACGCGGAAACGGGAGACGGGGGCGGGGCCGGGGCCGGGGCCGGCGGUGGCGGCAGCGGCGGCUCCUUCAGCGAGCAGAGGCUGAUUGAUAAGCUCAACAGGCUCAACAACUCAGCCACUAGCAUUCAAACACUUUCACAAUGGUGCAUUUUUCACCGCAAGAGGGCCAAAAGGGUUGUGGACACAUGGGAAAAGCAGUUUACUAUUGCAAGGGAGGAUAAGAAAAUAUCAUUCCUAUAUCUAUCAAAUGAUAUCCUGCAAAACAGCAAACGUAAGGGAGCAGACUAUGUGGAUGAAUUCUGGAGGGUUUUACCUAGAUCAAUGAAGCAUGUCUAUGAAAAGGGGGGAGAAGAAGGGAAGAAGCAGGUGGCGAGAUUGAUGUUAAUCUGGGAUGAUCGUAAAGUUUUUGGGACCCGUAUUGAAAGUAUGAAAAAUGACAUUCUUGGUGACAACCCUCCUAACAAUGGGAAUAGUUUAAAUCCUAGCUCUAAUCCCACUUCAAAUUCCAAAGCUGCACGGAAGGAUUCCGGUACAAUAGUAAAAAAACUCACUGUUGGCGGGAUGCCUGAAAAAAUUGUGUCUGCAUACCAAUCAGUGCUUGAUCAACAUUUUGACGAAGACACAGCUUUAAACAAAUGUAAGACUACUGUGGGCCUUUUGGAGAGGAUAAAUAAAGAUAUUAACGAUGCUAGCAUCAACGGUAAUCAGCCAGCAUCGUCAUUGAUCUCUGACCUGCAAGAACAGGAAAUGACCCUAAAACAGUGCAUCGAACAACUUGAAAGUGUAGAUAUGGCAAGGGUAUCCCUGAUCAAUCAAUUGAAACAAGCUCUCAGCGAACAGGAGUCGAAGUCAGUAGUUCUUCGCGGUCAAUUGCAAGUUGCUCAAGCAGAGGCUCAACGUGUCAUCCAACUUAGAGAACAACUGGGCCAUGCCCUUGUCACGAGCUUUACACAAUCUACUUCUAGUCCGCUCAUGAUUACUCCACCAGAGCAAACUUCGGCUAUAAUGCAGGGUUCAGGAGUAAGAUCGACACCUCCCCAGUCACAACCACUGAAUCCUGCAACUUCACUUCCCCCUACAGUCAGUGCAGUGGGUGAUGAGUCCAAGAGAACGGCAGCAGCUAUGGCAGAUAAGCUUGCAUCUUUGUCAGCACCUGUGCAGGUGCUGACCUCCAUUUUGUCAUCUUUUGCUGCUGAGCAAGCUGCUUCCAUAAAUGGCGGAUCGCCUUCUGGAGAAUUCUCUGGAGGACCACCAGGUUUCCAGAUUGAUAAGAGGCCUAGGCUUGAGAAAACAGGGCAGGCUGCUGACAUGGGUGCACCUCCCUUUUUUGGGCAAGCGCCACAGGUGCAACAACAGAUUGGAGCAGUGCCUACUUCUCUUGGAGGCACGCAUCCACCAACUCCAGGCCCAUUCCCACCACCUCCACCGCCAUUGCCUUCUCUAUUGCCACCGCACCUGCAACAAUUUGGUCAAAAUACUGGAGGAAUGAUUGGGAUGGGAGGACCUUUCGGGAUGAUGACUGGCUCUAUACCACUUCCGCCUCCAUUGACCAACAUUCUGCCGGCAGGUUUUCCGGGACCAAGUGGGCCACCUCCUCCACCUCCACUUCCACCAGCUCAGAGUCAGCCCCAGCCCCAGCAGCAGCAGCAGUCUCCUCAGGCGCCACAGCAAUCACCAACAUCAGCUGGAUUCUUUCAAUCAUCAGGCAUGGGGUUCUUUCCGCCUGUGCAGGUGCAGCAAUCUCCGUCUGCCCAACGACAGUGA